AUGAAUACAGGUGCACAGCACUUCCUUUACUACCCUAAAACCACUGCUGUUACUACCACCUUUACAACAACACUUGAGAAGUCUAUUUGUGAAGGUACCAAGGAGGAACCACAGUACCCAACAGUCUCACAUAUUGCGGGAUUGUCACAGUUUAGGAGCUCUGCCAUUCUGUCCCUUCAGCAGCUUCUCCUUCAGGGCAAAUCUAGUGGCUUCCAAAGUGAAACCAAAUGCUGCUUAUCAAUAUCAGACCUCAGCAUUUUCUGCAGAGUAUACGGGACCAAGAGGCUAAGGAUUGAGUUUGAGAGUCUUGUGCAUGGAGUCAUAGUGGAGCAGGGGCGGAGUCAUGGCAUGCUGCUGCAGAGUCUGGGAUGGUUGGUGGUGUGGCUUAUGACAAUCACACACAAUGCAGGAGAAUUGGGAGUUCUGAUUAUAACCCCUAAAACAGCAAACAUACAUCAUGAAGCUGACGAGGUUUACGAAGAGGUCAGCACUAUAAGCUGCGUUGAAGAAUUUCUCCCAUUACCAACAGAGAGAAGCUUUUACGCCGAGAGCGUUUCAUCUCCGAUGGAAAAAUUAUCCCAAGCGCAGAUGAUGGCAGCAAACUUAAUCAAAGAAAAUGAGGUAAUAUUGGCAAACAAUGAGUUAAUCCGCUGUGUGGCCCUAACUAAAAUCAUUCAUGGUGACGGACAUUGGCGACUUGCCAAAGCGUUUGCCAAUCUUGCUCAUGGCUACCUGACCCUCAGAGCUCUGCCAGCUCAGGCCAAACAGCACUCUGAAUCUGCAAAAAACAUCCUACUCCGAGGUGUCGAUGUGACAAAAUCUGUGGAAGACAAAAGGGAAAUUCUUGAGACUCUGAUUACUAUAUACUAUACUCUGGGGAUGGCGCAUCUACUGCAGAACAAUGGAAGGGAAGCUUUUCUUAACUUGCAGAAGGUAGAAAAAAUUGUUGAAGAGCUGCAGGAGCUAAAUGAGAGACAAGUUGUGACAUCAAAAAUCUCUGAGAAGGACAUUGCUAUUGCGCUGGGAAAGGCUUGUCUGCUGCAAAACAAACUUAGUUUAGCAAGCAAUUAUUUUGAGCAAGCUAUAGAUUUUGUCAUUUCAUCUGAUGGGGACAGCGCUCCAGAGAUGAUAAAUAUUUACCAGGAACUGGCCAAAACCAUGCAGCUGAAGAAAAAUCAUGAUCAUGCGAUUGAACACCUACUGCAGGCUCAUUCAAUUGCUGAAAAAAAAUAUAAAAAUGUCAGUGUCGAGGCUGCUCAGACUGGCCUGUUGCUUGCGAAGGCAUAUGCUACCUCUGGGAAGUAUGAAUAUCACGAUGAAGCAGACAAAUAUUUUAAAGAAAGUCUUGGUAUUUACCAAACCGUACUGGGACCAGAUGACUCUCAAACACUUAGUACAUGUGUGGAAUACAGUAAAUGGCUCAUUCAGAUUGGAGACAAAGAGGAAGCUUAUACACAGCUACAUAGAGCAGUGAGCUCUGAGACAGAAUUCAACGAAAUAGUGGCUGAGAUAUUUAGUAUAAUGGGCAGCAUAUGCCUUUCAGAUGGGAAGAUACUAAAAGGCUGCCAACUGUUGAAGAAGUGCUUGGAGAUCCAGAGUGCAGUUUACGGAUCACAGCACAGUAAAACUAAAGGAACUCAGAACAUUCUCCACAAAUUACAAAAGUCAGGCGCUGCUGCAGAAAACACCACAACCUUUAAAUGAGACUGCCAUGUUGUGUCACGGCAACUGGAGGCGGGGGGCGUACGUGAUCUCACACCAACACUCUCCAGCCUAGAAUAAGGGGCAAUGGUGCAGUGCAGGCUAGAACAGAACAGUGAGAGGGCAUAGAUUUUUAUAAAAUCUCCCUUUGCUGCAGAUAUUUUAUGUUAAACCAAUAACUUCAUAAUGAAAAUGUAUCUCUAUUAGAAGCAGUAGCCCCCCACUUGCCAGAGGGUUUGGCCCCUUUAAUUCAAUGUUAUGCUUGCCACUAGUUUACAAGGUCAGGUCUUACAUGCCUGAAUAACAAAUAUAUUCUCUCUCUAUAACACAUUUCAGUAUCACUAGUUUUAUCAAAAUGACUGUCUGGCUUUAUAAAUCAUUUGAUUACUGAUGUUGAAAUUUACCACUGUAGUUUAGAUUGUAUGAGGUUUGUAGUGGCAGUGUGAUUAUAUUAAUGUCAUUUUUGUAUGUUCCAUUA